GCGGGGCGGAGGGGGGCCGGCGGUGCUGCGCAGGCGCGGAGGAGUGCCUCGGACGGUUCUGGGCUCCAUCAGCGCACAACCUACGGCUUCUGUUCCGGCCGUUAAUCCCGGUGGAACACCCCUCCACUUCUCAAAGGCGAGGGAAAAAGUUGAAGACCAGGUCCUGCCGGGGAUAGGCUCUGAUCGCGGGCCUCCACCUUGCAUCGAACGACCUUCACCUGAUCUUGGUUGAACUUGCAGCCCCGGGGCCGGCGAUCCACUUUAUGUCGGCGGGAGUCUCUUGGUCGUGCUUCGUUUUUUUGCGGGGGCUGGAAAGUCGCACGAGCUGCUGUUUCAUAAUUAUAUCGGCAGUUAAGAUCAAGAAAAUAAUCACACUGAACUUGGUGCUUAGAGGCGACAGUCUGAUUAUUACACGAAAGUCAUUUAACACGUACUGAAUGUCAGGAGGAAACCCUGGUGGUGUAGUGGUUAAGUGUUUGGCUAACCAAAAGGUCGGCAGUUGGAAUCCACCAGGCGCUCCCUGGAAACCCUAUCGGGCAGUUCUGCUCUGUGCUGUACGGUCGCUAUGAGUCGGAAUCGACUCGGCAGCAGUCGAUGUUUACGGGUGUAUGUCAGGAACCGUUUUUUAGGCACUGGGUAUUUAAAAACGAAUGAUACCUCAAGAAUCUCUUUUUUAAAAAAACUCAAUUUGCAUUCACCCCCCAAAAUCUGGAAAUAGUUCUGUAUUAUUUUAAAAUUUCGGAUUAUAACAAGGAAUGUGUUUACUGGGAAAUGUUCAGGAAAAGAAAGUGUAAAGAAGGUGAUUAUCUCCAUCACAAAUAAUCACUUAAAAUUUUGUUGUAUCUCUGUUCCCUCUAUAUAUCACAAUCUGUGUUUACAAGUUCCUUAUAUAAUACAGAUGACAAUUUGAACUAGGUCUUAAAAGGUAGUUCAGAUACAGUUGGUGGAAGAGAGAUUUACUUGAGCAAAACCCCAGAAGUACAAAUAUCUGUAUUAAUAAAUAGAAACUUUUGAGAAUAUUGAAAUGGCCUGGGACCAGGCUGUGAUGGGCCUAUUAAAAAAAUAAUAAUAAUAAAAAACAUAAAGAAUGGAGAAGAAAAAUGUGCAGAGACUGUGAAAAGGCAAGACAUGAAAUAUAAAUGGCCAUUAAAAUUAAGAAAGGUUGCUUAACCACACACAUGGUAAAAUAAACUUUACACUGAGAUACCAUUUUUACCUGUUGGAUUAGCAAAGAUAAAAAUGUUUCAUAGCUCAUUGUGUUGGUGGAAAUGUGGGGAAACCAGCACUAGACUUUCUAAGAUAUUGCCCAUGGGGCUGCAAAGAACGUCCAUGGGUGGCAGUUACAAGCUUACAAACAUACACAGCAAUUCUUGAGACUUUACCAACAGGUACACUCAAACAUAUAUGAAAUUACCCAUGUAAUUCAAUCUCAGGUUUUUAGUAAGCAAAAAAUUGGAAAUAAAUGUCCAUCAAUAGGAGACUGCUUAAAUUAUGGAUUACCAUGUAGCUGUAAAGAAAAAAUAGGAAGCUCUUUAUGCUAACCAAAAGACCGGCGGUUCAGAUCCACCAGCCACUCCUUGGAAGCCCUAUGGGGCAGCUCUACUCUGUCCUAUAGGGUCCCUGUGAGUUGUAAUCAACUUGAUGGGAGUUGGUUUGGUUUGGAUUUGGUUAUAGUCUGUAAUGAAAUAGUCUCCAAGACAGGUAAGUAAAACAAUGUGCCGAAGAACAUACAUUGUGCUACACUUUGUAUAAAAUAAGAGAGAAAUGGAUUCAAAAAAUGGUUGCAUGUGCAUAAAACAUCUCUGGAAGCAUACACAAAAAUUUGGUAACAUUGGUUGCCUCCAGAGAGGGAAACUGGAUGACUAGAGUUAGGGACAGGAGAAAUACUUUGUAAUGAGCUACUUUGUACUUUUUAAUAAAUAAAGAAACUUUUUAUUUUGAAAUAAGACUCAUAAGAAGUUGCAAACAUAGAUUUAUGGGUUGAAUUAUGUUCCCCAAAAAUGUGUUAUAAAUCCUAACCUCCAUGCCUGUGGUUAUAAGCCCAUUUGGGAAUGAGCUAUCUUUUUUAAGUUAACGAAGCAGCGUUAGGCAUUUUGAGUCCAUUUCUUUGAGAUGUAAAAGAGAUUAAACAAGGAGCAGACCAGAGACAGAGGAAGAGAGAUGCUGAGCCACAUGAAGAUUCCCAGGAGCGGAAGCUCAGAAGAGGCAAGGACCUUCCUCCAGAGUUAACAGAGAAAGCCUUCCCCUAGAGCCGGCAGCCUGAAUUUGGACUUCUAGCCUCUUAAACUCUUAUUUAGAGAAUCAUCUUAGUUGGACUGUUCAAAUCAAACGAUGGGUUUCCUAUAGGAUGACCUUUGCCUAUUUGAAUAAAAUGAAAAGUUACAGAAUGAUCACUCUGGAUGCAUCCUGGAGGACAGAUUGGAGGGGGAUGAGGUACCCUGUGACAAGACUCUACAGUACUUCACAAACCACCGUAGACAGCAAUGAAGUAAAAACCUUCCGGACCCUGGCUCACAGGUGGUGGGAUGAGCAAGGAACAUAUGCACCUCUUCAUUCUAUGAAUGACCUAAGAGUGCCAUUUAUUAGAGACAAUCUUUUGAAAACGGUUACUGAUCACCAGCCAGGAAAACCUUUGUCUGGAAUGAAGAUUCUCGAUGUUGGCUGUGGUGGUGGAUUGUUAACUGAACCUCUAGGUCGGCUCGGGGCUUCAGUUAUUGGAAUCGAUCCUGUGGAUGAGAACAUUAAAACAGCACAACAUCAUAAAUCAUUUGAUCCAGUCCUGGCUAAGAGGAUAGAGUACAGAGCAUGUUCUCUGGAAGAGAUUGUGGAAGAAACCAUAGAAACAUUUGAUGCCAUCGUAGCUUCUGAGGUUGUAGAACAUGUGCUUGAUCUAGAAACAUUUAUACAGUGCUGCUGUCGAGUGUUAAAACCUGGUGGUUCUUUAUUCAUUACUACAAUCAACAAAACACAGCUGUCCUAUGCCUUGGGAAUUGUUUUUGCAGAGCAAAUUGCAGGUCUUGUACCAAAAGGUACUCAUACAUGGGAGAAGUUUGUUUCACCUGAAAAGCUAGAGAGCAUUCUGGAAUCAAAUGGUCUGUCAGUUCUAACUGUGGCAGGAAUGCUCUACAACCCUUUCUCAGGAUACUGGCAUUGGAGUGAAAAUACCAGUCUUAACUAUGCAGCUCAUGCUGUAAAAUCCAAGGCGGAGGAACCCCCAGCACCCACAGAGUUUUUUCUGAAUAGAGAGACAGAGAGGCUCCAAGCUAACGACUCCGCCAACCCAGGUGCACAUGAAGAGCUGAAGAAAUGAAUCGUUCUGAGGACUGUAAUAAUAUGACUUGAUGUUUACAAAUACAGAAAAAUACAUACAGGCGGUGAGAUCUGUUCCUAACUGUGUCUUUAUGUCUUUAAGUCAAAUUUGCAUGUAAGUUGGAACAGGUUCUUAUUUAGCCUUACUUUAGCAUAAGAAAAGGCUCGAAGCCUUUUCAGUGAUUUAAAACCUGCACGUGCAGCAAGUGAAGGUGGUUGUGAUGAAGAAUUUGCUGCGAGUAGAGGUUGGUUGAAUCAUUUCAAAGUGAGGAGGGCAAAUUUACAUAACGUUAGGGGGUAAGUAUGAGUUUCCAUAUUAGUUGGUUGUAACCUCAGAACUGUCUGUAGAUGAUUUUUGGAUUGAGAAUCAUGGAAAAAAAAAAAAAAAGAUCAAUAAAAAGGGCUAAAACCUUUGAACAAAA